AUUUUUCCAGCUAGGGUUUUAGGCAAACGAUGGGGUCGGCGAGCGACGAGACGGCGGCGGCGGCGGCGGCUGCGGCCGCGGCGGUGGCCGAGGGCGGCCCCGCGGGGGAGGCCGGGCCGGACUCCAAGGACCUGCAGCAGCAGAGCAAGGCCCUCGACAAGCUCACCGACCACGUCGAGGACCGCCAGCUCGACUCCUCCCGCGUCCAGUCCGCCAUGGCAGCUCUUGCUUCAUCUAAAGAGGCCGACUGGAAUGCCAUGAGACUGAGGGAGAAAGAAUUAGCUGCUGUCAAAAUCAACCCUACUGAUGUUGAGAUUAUCGCCAACGAGCUUGAGUUGGACAAGAAGAUCGCAGAGAGGACACUCCGGGAGCACAAAGGCGACGCUGUUGCUGCUGUUCGCUCCUUGCUUCACUAGUUCUGACACAUGUUUGCUGCGGGCCAAUGAUUUCGUCCGAUCUGUACACCAUGCAAAUGAGGCUUGUACUGUGUGUUACUGUUGAGGGGACAUGCCUGUAUCACAGCGAAACUAUCUUUCUUUUUAUGGGACGAAAUUAUCAUUUUUGACAUACAUGUAGAACUUAUAUAUUUUUAUGAUGCUGCAAAUUUGUUUCUGUUCUCGGAUAAAACUUGAAA